GCCCCCGUCGCGGUUGAGCUGCGGCCACAGUGGACGCCCAAAGGCAAGCCGCAGCCGACACGCCCGGCACGCGCGACCCGCGUGACCCUCCCGAAUGGCCUGCCCGAGCCCUCGACCUAUCCCCCCUCAAAGAACUGGCUUGACAAGGUGGAGAAGAUGCGCGCUGCGGGAGAGGCGCCCAAGCAGCACCCGCUGUGGGCGUUCUUCCAUGUCCCGCCCGAGUCGAUGGAGGUGACGGCCGACACGAAGAUGCCGCCUGAUUUCGGGAGUCUGCCGCGGUUGGAGAACGAGAGUGCAGAGCUCAAGUCGGGCCGCUCGUGGUCCGCGCCCGAACUCCGCCUCAAGUCGUUCGAGGACCUCCACACGCUGUGGUACAUCCUCCUGCGGGAACGCAACGUGAUCGCGACGCAGAAGGCCGAGCGCAAGCGCAUCCGCAUCGCACAGCAGUACGGCGGCAAGCUGCUGAGUGUCCGAAGCUUGAGGUGCCGCAAGUCGAUGGCGCGCAUCAAGUACGUGCUGAACGAGCGGCGUUUGGGCGCGAUCGCGGCCGCCGCACCGUCCGUGCAUGCCGACGCCGCCCAGCGCGUCUCCGUCCCCUUCGCGCUCAAGGGCCUCAACGACCCUGCGUCCCAGGUUGAGGCGCUUGCUGGCGUCACCCCC